CUCGGCCUGUGACUGGAUGAGGGGCGCGCGGCUCCGCACAUGGAGAACCGCAGGGAGCAGCCAUUGCAUCAUAUACUGCGGGGCUCCCAGUGUGGCAGCAGCGGCUGCAUGGUGGGAGAUGUAGUUUAGCAAGUUCUGGAGGGACACAGUUUGAGAACCACUGAUGUCAUUGAACAGCAGAUAUGGCCGGAUAUCAUUCUUUCAUUGGUUACCCCUGGAUCAUUGACUGUCUUGUUAAAUAUCAACAUGCGGGAGCUAAGCAAAGACCUGUUCCUGGUCAAGUGAUUGAGUUUCUGAGGAUCCCAGAUCAUUCAGUAAGUUCAGAAGACUGCCAGUAUCCAGAAGCUGUUGUCAAUAUUUCUGAUCAGAAGUACUACAUCAGAGCUGUCAUCACAAAGGAGGCGCAGCAGAUGCUGGAAAGUGAAGAUGAACACUUUACAUUAGUAGAUAUCAAGAACAAGAUCAUCAUUCUGAAAAAAUUCUCUGUAUGUUUCGCUGUAGUUGAAGAUCUGAGUAGAUGUGAAUUUUACCUAACUGUUGAGCAUUUCAGUGUGCUGCCCAUGGAGACCAACACCGUAGAUUUACUCAACUGCAACGUAGAGCCAGGAGUGAGGAUGAAGAUCAAGGAAUUGUGGCAGGACUACAUGACGGAACUGGAAAUGAAUAAAUCUUCGCAUGACAUGAACUUAUCAGAUGUGUCUCUUACCCAGCUUCUGAUGGUUGCAAGUGAAGAGAAAUUCAGUGCUUUAAAAUCCAUUGCUGAACAAUGUCUGGAGCUGAACCCAUUAGUUACCCAGCAUAAUUCACCACAGGAUCAAACUUUUUGGAGCACAGAGAGAAGAAAUCAGGAGAAUACCGAAAGAUUUGUUAUCCCUGUAGAUUUGCUUCUUAUUCCCCCACAUGAGGAAGCAAUUCUGGAACAGAUAACUGAGUUCAGGUAUGAAGGUCAGUGCAUCGGUGAAAUUGCAGAUUCUUCUGAAGGAGAUAGUUCUUCACAACCGUACUGUACAGCGUUAUCUACACUUUCUGAGGACCCUAUAGAUGAAGGGCCAAGUAAAUCUGGAAACCCCUGGAACAAGCUACCGUCUCUUUGCGUUAGUGUUGCAACAAGUUCUGAUUCCCAGCCAAAGCGUUCACCUUCUGUGAAUGAGGUUGGAUCAGAUCCAGAUAGUAGCACUCCCGAUAUAUUCAAAGGUGAUUCAGAUGUAUCUCUGGCUGACUCCUCUUUUGGCAAGAGUGAGAUUUCCCCCUUGAUGUUUUUAGAAAAUUCUUCCAAUCCACAGCAGCCUUGUACCGGUAUACCUGAGACGGACAGCACCCGUAGCAACACUGGUUUAAACUACAGACAAGAAAAAAGUUCAGACAGCCCUGCUGCCACACUUGGCCUCAUACCUCUAACUCAAAACUCACCCCACAGAAGUCUGUCGGGGACCAGUAAAGUUCUGAUAAGUCCAAUAAAGUUUCAGAUAAGUCAGGUUGAUUCCGAAUUGAAAAGAAGUCCGGAAAAUAAAGGAGAACUUUUCUCACUAUGUGAUAAGAGCAACAGAAAGAACUCCCCUUCCACCCCACAAACAAGGAAAGCCACAAAGAGGAAGCCAACUUCAGAAGAUGUGGAGAGCACACUCUCAGACUUGGAGCAACAGGAACCUGAAUGUGUAGAAAUACCAGACUCUGCAUCUUCUAGCGAAGAAUCUAACAAAGUGUCUGAUCAUAAUAAUGUGCUUCAGACUGGAGUCCGUAGGCAAAUCUGGGAAAGGGAAGCAGAAGGCCCUGUUUUAGAAAUUGAAAAAAAUACCAGAAAGACUGAACAGUAUAUUAAAACGCAUGUGAAACAAAGUCGGAAAGGUCCCCAAAACAGAACACAAGCACAUAAACCCAGUUUACAGUUUGUGGUCAAUCCAAAAAUCCUCACAACAAAGGUCUCUGCAAAUGGGCCUACACCAAGCAAAGUCUGCAUACAGGAAGCACCCGCUAAUGCCACUCCGAGACAGCCAUCUUUCCAGGCUAAAGAGAAGCUGGUCCACCUUGAUGGAACUCCCUUUCAGUAUAAGUACAAGUCUCCAUCUGAAGAGCUCUGUGCCCAUGUAAAAGCUAUACAGAUUCCAGCAGAGCUGUGUGAUUGGGCUGUAAAGAUCUUGUCAGAACAUCAAGAAAAACAUCUGUAAAUGGCUUUUACUUUACUUAAGUAAUAAUAUCGCCAGUAAACAAUAACCUGAUAGAUCAAUCAUUCACUUUCUUGACACUGGUUUCCACCGCUGCUAUUGUUUUGCUUCUAGAUAUUACUCAUGUGAGACAAGCGAAGAAUCUGCAGCUUUUACAUUCAGUUUUUUGUCAUUUCAGAAAAUUCAAAUCUAUAUUUUUAUACAAACAGAACCUGAUACAUCUAAAACUAUAUUUAAUAAAAUAUUACAACUAAUGACAAAA